AUGGCGGGCAUGUUCAAGAACGUGUUUGGCUCUCAAGCCAAACCUGACGAUGACUUCGCCGACUUCGUGGAAGCUCCCAACCCGUCGCCUGCGUCCCUCCUCGCCGACUCAACCACCGUCCCGGCCGCCAACACCCUCGCCCCCAAUGCCGUUCCUUACACGGCAUGGUACCGUGUGUGGGAGAGGACAUCCCCGAGCGACUUCAAGCAGGAGGCCAUGAUCAUGCCUGUCAUCCUUGUGAUCGUCCUCUUCCACCUCUGGGGAGCGCGCAAGAACCGCCAGCGAGCGAAGGCCUGGGCGCAGGCCCACACCCCUUCCCUCCAGAAGGAGUUCUCUGUCGUUGGAUUUGAUGGAAUCUCCCGAAAGGCUGCCGAAGGUGACUCUGCUGAGCUAGCUAGCCCCGAGUCUGUCUUGAAGGAGAAGUCGGCUUCCGAGUUCGCCGCGUAUGCGACUGGUCGUCAGAACACUGCUUUCCUCGAUGUCUCUAUCAAGAUGCCCAAGCGCUACAAUCCUAUCACCUACAUUAUGGAGUACGGUCUGAGCUUCUUCUUCGAGAGCUGGGAGCCCCCCGUUGAGAAAUACGAGGCUCUACUUUACGCUUUCGAUGGUAAGGAGAAGGACCUGGUCCCCGUCCUUUCCAAGGAUUCCGCCCCUGUCAAGGUUCCCAGCUCUACCUACGAUGGUUUCAUCUGGGCCGUUGUGCACAAGAGCCACAUGCGCAAGUUCCGCAACGACCGUUACGACGCCUCGAUCACUUUCUCCAAGGAUAACCCCAAGCUGCCCUCGUGGGUGACUGUGAUGACCGAGAGUGCUGAGAUCAGCGACACCCUCCUCACCCCGGAAUUGAUCCAGGCAAUCGAGCAGGCCGGCAAUGACUUCGAGUACCUGAUUGUGACCGACCAGCCCGUCGACCGCCCCACUAAGAUCGAGGAAACCACCCCCAAGAAGCGCAUCGAGCUUUCCGCCAACCUCGCCUCUUCUGCUUCCGGCUAUAACUCCACUCUCCCUCUGUUCAACCAGUUCCUGCGCUUGUCUGACAAGCUCGUGGCCUCUGCACACUUCCGCGCUGAGGUGCUGCGCAAGGUUCGCAAUGUCCGUGAGGAGGAGAUCAAGAAGCUGCGUCGCGUUGAGGAGGAGGAGAAGGCUGAGGAGCGCCGUAUUGCCGCUGAGAAGAUCAAGAAGGAGGAGCGUGAGCGCCUUCUGCGUGGUAUGAGUGCUGAUGAGCAGCGCAAGUUCCUUGACCGCGAAGCGCAGAAGGAUCAGCGCCGCUCCAUGAAGCGGAGCACCCGUAAGGGUUAA